CCGAAGUCAAAGAAGAAACUCGUCCAACAACACAAGCACGCAGAGUAAGUGAGCACAUGCUCUGUAUAAAUAUGAUUUAUAUAUGCACUUUCUGAGCGUCGCCCGGCUCGGCUAAAUUAUAUUCACCAGGCUUUAUUUCUAUCUUUGUGUAAUAUUAUUCCAUUAAUUAUUAUUAUUAUUAAUUUUUGUUUGUUCCCAUAUGGACUUUUCAACACUCAAUUACAAAAUUAUUACAAAUAUAUAUAUAUAAUGUAAAUUAUAUGUCUUAAAUACUAAUAUGUUCUAUAUUUAAUUAUAAUAAAAAUGAUAGCCCAGUUCUGUAUUUAAUACAAGGUAAAAUUUCCAUAUACCGUAUGCUAGAAUAUUAAAAUAUACUAUUAUGAAACUGUCUUAUUAAUUAGCCUUUCUCACGAUGACGAAUAUCCGCCAUUUUUGGGUGGCAUCAAAUUUUCAUUAUGCAAUGUAGACAAUUAAAACAAUGUGAAUAGCGAUAAACUAACCAUUUACAAAGAGCAUUUACCAUCAUUCGUCCAAAACAUUAUAAAAAGUCGCUGUUAUAUAUGUGGACUUAUCGCACAGACUUCAGCUGAAAUGCCACCCAAAAAUGGCGGCGUGAGAAAGGCUAAUUAAUUAACUGUUCUUGUAGUUUCUUCUUAAAUUUAUUAAUGUUUGUGAUCUGCUUCAGUUCACUGGCCAAAUCAUUCCAUAUUUUCACUGCCCUAUAAUAGAAUGUUCUCUGUCCUGAAGAGGUCUUGAAAGAUGGUAUGUCUAGACUGUCAUGAUAUCGAGUUGGUCUGUUAUGAAUGUCUGAGCGUUUAACGAACUUAUUUGUAAGAUAACUCGGUGCCAGAUUAUUGAAACACUUGUAUGCCAUUAUUGUAUCUCUAUACAAGAGUAGUAAUUCUAUGGGAAGCCAGUUGAGUUCUUGUCAACUGGGUGUAAUAUGAUCAAACUUUCUAACUUUUGUAAUGAUCCUGCAUGGCUGCAAAAUUUUGAACUGUAAUUUUUUGAUGUUCUUAGCCGACGUAUUUGACCAAAUCGUGGAACCGUAUGUCAAUUUGUUAAUCACCAACAUCUCGACAAUUGAUUGCAAAGUUUUUACAUCAAAGCUGUCCUUCACUCGGUUUAUUUCAAUUAUUUGCACAAUUUUCUUAUACAUGAUGAAGUUAAAUUAGAAAUGUGCUCAUUAUAUGAUAAAUUUGAGUCAAAUGUAGUUCCCAGAUCUUUGGCCGACGUUACAGUUCAUAGUCUGUUUCAAGAAAUUUAAAUAUAUAUUUGCAGGUAAAUUCUGUAAUAUGGGUCUCGAACCGAUAAGGAGGAAUGUAGUUUUGUUUGGGUUAAUCAGCAAUUGAUGUUCAACACCAUUUGGCUACACUGCGAAGAUCGUUUUCCAACUUGAUAAUUGUUUGUUUUAUGUCUUUCAUACUGAACGUCAGAAAAAGUUUUAAGUCGUCGACGUAGGAGUCGAUAUUGCUUGACAAUGGGAUCGCCGGAAUGUCAUUUGUAUAAUACAAAACAAUAAUGGUGAUAGAUGGUGCCCUGUGGCACGCCAUGAGACAUGGAUCCAAUACGUGCAUAUUGUCUUCUACCUGACAAAUAGCUGUUAAACCAUUCGACAGCUUGCGAAGAAGCGCCGACACAUUUCAAUUUAUGAAGGAGAAUUGGAUGGCUUACGCUGUCAAAGGCUUUUGACAUGUCUAAUAAAACUACUGCUGUUACGUUCUUUUUAUCGAUUGCUUCCAACAUUGUGUCACUUACGAGAAUGUUCAGAGUCUCAGUGGAGUGGGCUUUCCUGUUUCCGCUUUGAUGAGGUGAUAAACGAUGGUUGGUUGUUAAAUAUGAGCUGAACUGAUCUAGAGCGACUCUCUCACAAACUUUUGACAUUAUUUCUAAGAGUGAGAUCAAUCGGUUAUUCGAGGCAACUUCGUUAUCACCAUCUUUAUGUGGUGGUGUUACUUCAGAUAAUUUCCAUUCGUUAGGGAACACGCCUGUCAGCAGGGUUUAUAAUGUGCGUAAGAGGGCCCAAGAUAACUGGCAAACAGUCUCUAAUGAUACGCAUGUUUAUCUUGUCUGGGCCUGGUGAUUUAUUUUUUGGCAUUGCCAUAAUAAUACGUUGGACUUUGGUGCAAGUGACGGGCCUGAAAUUGAACUGUUGUUCUAAUGGAUAAGUUAUUCAUUCAUUCAGACUUUAUUUCAUGAGGGUAAACACUUAACAAUAAGUGUGAACUACUGAUAAAUUCGUGGCCCUCCUUACAUAACUACAAUUAAGCUAAUACAAUUAUACUAAAACUUAUAAAAACUCUAAAACUACUAUGUUUACAAAUAAAAUAACCCACCACCCACCUAAGCAAUUUCUAAACGCAUGGCGGACUUCUGGUCCGUUAAAAUUUUAGUAUACAAACUGCGUUUAAACGUAGAUAUAGAUUUAUGUUUGCGCAAUGUAACAUCGAGGGAGUUACUGAAUUUAAGAGCGGAUUUGAGAGUAUGUUGUUAUUUUCUUUGACAAGAUUUGAUGCCAUUACAGCAGUAUUUCUCCCCACGGAUGUAAAGUACUGAUUAAACUCUUCUACAAGUAUCUUAAGAUCUUUAAUAUAUACUUGCUUCUCUUUUUCUUUUAUGAACUAUCUUCCAGAGAAAGCCUGAGUUGUUUUUAUGUGCUUCAACUUCAUCAGAACGAUUGUUGCUUACUGCUUUCUUAAGCUUGUCCUUUACGUUAUUUCGAGAUUCUUUGUAGGCUUCCCAUCUUUUUUAUCUUGUGUUUGCAGGAAUCUGCGGUGAAGUGUAUCUCUAGAUUUCAUAUGUUCUUUUAUUUCACGUGAGAUAAAUGGGUUUGAUCGACUUCUAACUUUGAAUGUUUUUACUGGUGCAUGUAGAUCAAGAGUUGAAUGAAGAGUAUUUUUUAACGUUUCCAAUUGUGUGUUAACGUCUGUAUCUGAGAAAACUGACAAAAGAACAUCUGAUUUAAUCGCGAUGUCGGAGGAAAAGUGUAAGGGGUCGUAAUACUUGUAGCUUCUUGCUGUAAUAUAAUUUGGUGGUAUCAUUGGGCUUUCACUUUAAGUAUGACAUAUACUGGAAGGUGGUCGCUAAUUGCAGAAUUUAACACACCACUUUCGAGUACAGAUGUUGUGUUCAAACGAGAGUUACUUCGAUAAGUGAUUGUGUUGUAUGAGUAAUUCUUGUCGGUUUUUUAAUGAUUUAUUGGAGGUUUAGCUCUGUGGAGACUUCUACGAGUGCUUUUCUGUCCGGUCCAUCAUGGAGCAUGUUGCAGUUAAAAUCUCCAAGUACGAAAAUCGUUUGAUUCAUACGGGUAGUUAAGACUUGGAUAUAAUUCGGCUUAAAAUGGUCUUCAAAACAGUUUAGAGCACAGUCUGCAUGGUGGUCGAUAUGUUACGCAAAUUAUAAUGGAUCUAUUCUUUUUACUUUGGAUAUUUAUCCAAAGUUGAUGAAAGUUUGAUUCUGAUAUUUGUGAUAGUUCCUUCAGGACAGAUGCUUUAAGAUUUUUCUUAAUAUAGGCGCAUACGCCUCCCCCUCUUUUUUGUAAUCGGUCAAGUUUAUAUAUUUUAUAGUCUUCAAUGGCAAUUUCACUAUUAGUCACUGUGGAGUUAAGCCAUGUUUCGGAAAUUGUAAAAAUAUCAAUUUUGUGAAGAUUGACCAAUUCCUUGACCUCGGUAAGGUGUGCAAUAUUCCUUAAUGAGCGGACAUUUAAAUGGGCUAUUUUAAGCUGAGAGGAGGUUAUAUUCAAAGGUUUUGUGGUAUCAGAAUUUGUAGGACUGUAAAUGGUUGCUGGAGCCAGCAAUGGUAUGUUUAUGAGGUUCGAAUGGGAACAAUGGCUGUUAGUGGAGCUCUGUUUUUGUUGCUGUGGGGGCUCUCCUUCGGCGUUAUAAUUUAGUAAAAGGUCCAGUCUCUCCUCAUACAAAACCCCUCUUCGUUGGACAUCUUCUCUUAAGGUCGGGGAGGUCCUGUGGGGAUUUCCAUUUGUGGUGGGGGGUACAGGCCAGGGAAGUCCAAAUGGGUGCGGAGUUGGGAAACUUAUCGCAGGUCGAGUCUUGUUGAAGCGGGGAGAUCUUGUAGGAAUCCCCAUUAGUGACUGGGGAUACGAACCAUGGUAAUUCGUUUGAGGAGGGAAAGUUGGGAAACUCAUUACAGGUGGAAAAUUUGGGAAGGGGUAAGGUAUUGGAUCUCUCCAAAAAGAUGGAAAAUUAUAACGCUGAUAUAAUUGGGCGGGCUGUCGGGGGCCAAACUGAUGAGAAAAAUCACAUUUCGAGCCUUUUAAACAGUGGCCUUUUCUACGCAGAAAAGGACAUGGUACUAGAUGUUUUGGAGUUGAGGCAACGUUCGUUGAAUUUUUUGGCUGUGUGCCUAAAUUAGUGUUGAUUUGUACAGUUGGAAUAUAACACGCUUUGGGGUCGGUAGAAUUAGUCGCUUUGGUGAUUUCAAUUGAUUCAAUGGUAUUUGUUUGUAAAGGAAUGUCAUUCACUUUAGGGUCAGUAUUGCUUCAAUAAUUUCAAUUGAAUUAUGGUUGUUGGAUGAUUCUUGCAUACUGAAUUCUUGAAGUGACUCUUGUAAAUUACAUUUUCUCGUAGCUUUAGACUUAUUUCCUCGAUUUAUUUUAACGUGCUUAUCCUCUUGAAAAUGAGUAAAGGUCUCAGCGAUAUGACUAACAGGUUUUGAUAAUGACUGAAUUGCUUCAAUAGUAACUUUUUGACCAGAUUUAAGACCCUCAAUAUCAUGGCAGAUAUCUUUACAUUUACAUAGACAAGAUUGCGAAAUGCCCGACUCUGUCUGACAUCCGAGAUAAUUAUGUUAUUAGUUUUACUUACAGCAUUUAAAUCUUCACAGAUUUUAGUGCAGAGGAGCUGUGUGAUUUUUCCGGCAUCGGUACCCUCUAGAUGCAGCAAACUUUUACUCUUUCGCCACGAGAUCGAAGUGUAAUUUGUCCUGAAUACUUUCUUAUCGUCGCCCGGUUGCUCCCAAAUUCCAGUUAACUUUAAGUCUUCGCUGAAUAAUUUCUUUAAUGCCUCAUACUCUCCUGUCCAAGCAAAACAUAUGUGGUACGGCGAAGGCAUAACUCACGUUGAACUAGAUUAACUAAAGUUUGUCUUUCCAAAAUUCGGAGAGCAAAAAUUACACGUCUGCGAGCAGAAGUUAUAGCUUUUUCUCUAAUAUUUGAUACUAUAGAAUGUUUUUCCCGCUUUGCAAGAACAAGAAAAUAAAAUUAAAGAGCAGAUGGAACGACAAAAACAAGAACGUAGAGAAAUUGAAAUGAGCAUCGAGUCUGUGACAAUUCAAGUUCAAGAGCUUCCGCCUAUAGGAAAUGGUAGAGUAAUCUGUAGUUAUUGUCACCACAGAGGCCAUCGAAAUCAAGGUUCAAAUCCAUGCAAGUUACAGAAAUGCAUUGAAUAUACUUUUUGUGGAAUCAAGGAUAAGCAUCCCGAGUACUUCAACAAACUAAUUUCAUUAAAACAAGAUCUCAGGAAGAAGAACAAAGACAUCGAAGAACUUGAAAACCAACUUAAAAGCAUGGUAGAAUUUUCCUCAAAUAACGAAUAUCAUUUCUUUAAAAACAUGACCCCUCGUAUGUACGCAGUUGAUUCUACUUAUAAAACAAACAAGCCUAAACUCAUGCGGGAUUUGCGUCUACUUCGUCAAUUUCUUGACGGGACUAUUCCUCAAGUGACUGCUAACGACCCUGAACAGUUGCGAAUUUUGAUCAAGAAAUGUAAAUAUAAUAUUCAGCAACUUCCAAACGCUCCGAAUUUGUUCGAUAAAACACAGCAGGGGAUAUAAUUGACUCACCCAUUAAAUCAGAUGUCAAUUUGAUAAUUAAACAAGAAACUGUACUAGGGACAAAACCCAAACUCAUGUCUGCGCCAAUGGAAGUACAGGACUCGUCAUCAUCAAGCGAUAGCGAUGAUCACCGCCGUGGUCGUAAAAAACGCAAACGAAAGCAUAAAAAGAGAAGAAAGGAUCGUCAUAGACAUAGGAAUGUUCGUGUGGACGAUGAACAUCAAACGGGUGUGCCUUACCUUCACAAUAGUAACCUAAACCAAAUUCCCUAUUACGUUGGACCAACACAAAGUUUUGUUCCACAUGUGAACUUGGGACAUGCUAGUCAACCUAGUCCUAUGCCUACUUAUCCGAAUUUUUCGGAAGUUGGUCUUCCAAGUCACCCACGUUCAUAUAAUUAUUUUCCGUGUCAGCCUCCAAACCUGGGGUUCACUAAUAUACAAAUGCAUGGUGUAGAUAAUUCUACAUGUGAAAGUAAUACAAUUAACGAAGGAACUAAUCGAAUGCAAGUGCAAGAUGAAGAUCGAAUUUGGAGUAAUUUUGAUACCUUGGUAAAAACAGCAGCAACUCAGUUACAGGAAAAUGAUAAAGUGAAAGAUGUGUGAGCAAGCAAACAGAUGUUUUUUGGUGACACUAUGUAUAACUAUUAUGUUUAUAAUGGCUUACUGUGUUCUCAUGUUUCGAUAUUUCGCUCUUGUUUUACUUCGAGGUGUUAAAGUAAUUACAAGAGCAUUCAAAAUUCCUCUACUGUUUAGAAUGUAGACAAUGAAUUGUUCUAUUGGAUAAAGUUGCUAAAUAUAUACUAAAUUUCGUACAAUUUUAUAUAGCUGAUGCAUAACGAACUGUAAUGUCGAGUUAAUUGUACAAAUUGUACCGCAGUAUAGAACUGUCUUUUACCAUUGGGCGUUGUUUUGACAUUUUACAGUAGUUGUAUUUGUAAAAUUACAUGUAAUUUUUGUUAUUUCAUUUUAAUUAAAAUCACAUGUUACAUGUAAACAGGUGUUAGAGCAGAUUGGCAAAUUUAAGUGGCAUAUAAUAUGCGAUUGUAGAGUCAAACAUACAUGUAAGAUGUAUGUUUGACUCUAAAUUAUUUUAUUCGAUUGUUGACCAAUUUGUACAGAAGAAAUGCGUUAGUAACAUUAAUCGAUCUCCGUGGGUUGAUAGAGAAAUUGUUUUGUUGCUGAAGAAAAAGAACACCCUGAGGCGUAAGGCUAAAUCUCGUGAUACUGUUUAUUUGUGGGCUAAAUUUCGUCGUUUACGGGCAGAGAUUAAGAAGCUUAUUAAGCACAAGAAAAAAGCGUACAUUAGUAAUCUUGGUCAGGACUUGAAAUCUAAUCCUAAACGUUUUUGGUCCUAUUAUAAGGCUUUAAAUAAGACAAACAGAAUUCCUAAUACUAUAUCGUAUGGAAAUAUAACUGCUACUGAUUCUAUUUCUAAGGCCAACAUAUUUAAUACCUUUUUUCAUUCUACUUUUAAUGCCUGUGAUAAUAGUAUUUAUAUCACCGUUUCACACCCGUUGAACGACAGCAUGAGUGUACCUUGUCUUUCCAAUAUAACGCUAGAUAGUGAAGAUGUUCUUAAGGCGCUUCACUCUUUAGAUAUCCACAAAGCUAGCUGUGGGAUUCCUUCUAAGCUUUUAAAGGAAUGUAGUAAUGCCAUUGCCACUCCACUUACCAGAUUAUUUAAUGAAUCUCUUAGCACUGGUGAAUUUCCAUCUCAGUGGAAAGAUGCAAAUUUAGUACCUAUUCAUAAAACUGGCAGAAAGUCUCAAGCAACUAAUUACAGGGGUAUUUCUUUGUUGGAGCAGUUGUCCAAAAUUUUCGAGAAAGGUGUUUAUAAUGUAGUUUUUGAGUUCUUUUCAAACAAAAUAACUUCACAACAUGGUUUCUAUCCUAGACGUUCUUGUGCUACGCAGCUUACGCAGGUUGUUCAUUUACUUGCUCAAUCUAUGGAUAAUAAACAACAAGUUGAUCUAGUGUAUCUUGAUUUUGCAAAGGCUUUCGAUCGUGUGCCUCAUUCUAAAUUAAUUUGUAAGCUCCAUCUCUUGGGUAUCCGCGAUCCUUUGCUCUCUUGGUUUCGCUCCUAUCUUUAUAAGAGACGGCAUCGUGUUGUAAUUGAUGGAUUUGCUUCUGAAUGGCUUCCGGUAACAUCUGGUGUACCUCAAGGUUCGGUCCUUGGACCGCUCCUGUUUUUGUUGUAUAUCAACGACAUGCCGGAAGUUAUAUCUCAAGGAUCCUAUUUACCCUUAUUUGCUGAUGACUCGAAAUGCUUUCGAGUUAUCUUCAAUGCCAGCGAUCAGGAUAGAUUACAGGAGGAUCUUAAUGCUCUGUAUGAUUGGUCAAUUAAGUGGGGCAUGGAGUUUAAUGUUGAAAAAUGUAAGGUGUUGAGGGUUGUUAGAACACGUACAAUAUAUGAUAGGCAGUAUGCUUUAGGCUCCUCGCAUUUGUCGGUUGUUCAAAGCGAAAAAGAUUUAGGUGUGUGGAUUUCUGAUACUUUGAAUUGGAAUAUUCACACAGAUAAUAUAGUUGCUAAAGCCCAGAAAAUGUUAGGUCUAUUAUAUCGAACCUUAAAGGAUAUUGAUGAUAACAGUGUGAAGUGUCUGCUUUAUUUUACUUGGGUGAGGCCAACUCUUGAAUAUGCUAGCCCAGUAUGGUCUCCUUAUAAGAAACGGAAUAUUAAUAAAAUUGAAAAGGUGCAACGUAGAGCAUCUCGUCUGAUCCUAGGUCAUGAAGUUGAUUAUAAAUCUAGACUAGAAAAACUUCAUCUUCUACCUUUGUAUAUGCGUAGAGAAAUCACAGAUCUUGUUUUUCUCUUUAAAAUUAUACAUGAGUUAGUUGAUAUGCCAGGAGGUUUCCUUUCUUGGAAAAAUAUGGGUCGCUCUUUGCGCAACAGUGACGACAUGACACUUACAGUGCCUUUUGCACGCACAGAUGUUUUUAAGCACUCAUAUUUCGUUCGUGUUACACGCUUAUGGAACUUACUUCCUUACACAUUGCGUUCUAUUCAGCAUGUCGUACUUUAAGAAACAACUUACUCUAUAUUAUUUUAAACUUUUCCCUUCUGCUUUCAAUCCUUAAUCAGAUAUUCAGAAAUUUAGAAAAUGUAUAAAAAAAAUAUAUAUAAUUCAGACUUUUAAUUUAGAAUUUGUAAAAUUAUAUAAUUUAGGAAUUAUUUGUAUUAUGUGUCCUGUGAUGUUAGUUUAAUGUUCUGUUUGUAAUUGGGAAACCAUUCUUGAGGGAAUCUUGAAUUCUGUUUAUGGUAUGCCCUAAUACAUCUAAUUUGAUAUUUGUAAAUAUAUGGAAUUAUAUGUAUUGAAUUUUAAUAAAUACAAAUACAAAAAAAUCAACAGACGCAUGGCUAAAAGCAGGACUUACCCGACAAGGUAAAACGGUGGAGCACUUAGUUUCGAACAAGCGACCGACAGACAAGGUAAGAGAUGCUUUAUUAAAAUUCACGAACGCGUUUGAGAACUUAGUAUUGAAACAUGAAGCCUUUACCAGCUUAAUAACAGACGACAGAGAGUUUGAGAAGGAAGUAUUAUCUGAAAGUAGACGUAGGGGCAAAGAAUUAUAUCGAAAGCGUAGUUAAACCAGCGAAAGAUUUAAGCAAUAAUGUGCUACAAUCUUCAGGAAUGAUUGGAAUGUCAGGAAUGCAGAGCGAAGAAAGCGCGUUAGAGUUGACAACAAGCCAAAAUACUGCAAGUGUAGACAAUUCCGAGCAAAGUGUGAAUGAUGAAAGCAGCAAUAUUGUUAACAAUAUGUCAAGCACUGCUCCUAGUCAAGAAAAUGUACCUGUAGAAAACCAAGUUAAUCAUAAUGUAGCCCCCGAUCAAAGCCCAGUUAAUACGCAAAUAGGAACUACCAUCAAUGCGAGCUCAUGCGGGUUUCAAAUGGAAAAGCCAAAACUUUCUGUUUGCAGGAGACGUGCGAGA